AAAACAUACAGUUAUUUCUCUACAAUUGUUCACCAAUGCGAUGAAAACGCCACGAAGACAUUGUGAUAUUUAGGUUUGAAAAAAAUAAAAAAAGGGACGAUGCCUGGUGAAACGCCGCCGCUCCACCAGUGCGCCUCUAUUGCAGGCCAUCUGAAAACCAUAACAAUAGAGAUAUGAUGCCGGGCUUGAGCGUCGUAUGCAGCGCCGUUAUUGUCCUGUUCGGAGCGGUUUGCAGCGUUUUCAUAUUCUGUGAGUAUCUGAUUUAUUACGCCGCGAUAUUACAGUGUGGUUGGCCAGGGAUCGACCAUGGUGCGCCGGCGGCUGAGAAGAGCGCAGACGGGAAACCAAAUGCGGAGGUUCUCCGCGCUAUGGUGCUUUCAGACACGCACCUCCUCGGCGCUGUCGGAGGGCACUGGUUCGACAAACUGCGAAGAGAAUGGCAGAUGGAACGGGCUUUCCAGACCGCGCUGGCACUGCUCCGACCCGAGGUCGUUUUUAUUCUGGGAGAUGUGUUCGACGAGGGGAAGUGGAGCUCUCCAAAGAACUGGGAGGAUGAUGUUUGUCGUUUCCAGAAGAUGUUCAGACAUCCCAGUGACACAGAGCUGGUAGUUCUGGUUGGAAACCACGACAUCGGCUUCCACUACGAAAUGGACUGGUUCAAGUUACAGCGCUUUGAGAAGGCCUUCAAUACCACCUCCACCAGAAUGGUCACCAAGAAAGGAGUGAACUUCCUAUUGGUUAACAGCGUGGCGUUGCAUGGUGACGGCUGUCCUAUCUGCCAAUCAGUGGAGAAACAGCUGUACACACUGUCCAGGAACCUCAACUGUUCAUUACUACAGAAUUCCCAGUCCAGCAUUAUUAAAGAAUUCUGUCGAGACGCAUGGACCUAUCCUCCUACACCACCCAUUAUCCUGCAGCAUUACCCUCUGUACCGGGUGAGUGAUGCGGGCUGUACGGGUCGGGAUGCUGCUCCUCCUGAAGAGCGCCACCUGCUGUUCAGAGAGAAGUAUGACGUGCUGUCUCAGGAGGCCUCUCACAGGCUGUUGCAAUUGUUUAAGCCCCGCCUGGUUCUCAGUGGCCACACCCACAGCGGCUGUCAGGUUCUCCAUGACAACCGGUACACAGAGAUCAGUGUUCCGUCCUUCAACUGGAGGAACCGCAACAACCCCAGUUUCAUCCUGGGUUCUUUCUCUCCAAGCGGUUACGGCCUGUCGAAGUGUUUCCUUCCAGAGGAGAGUACGGUGAUAGCUCUGUACUGUUCUACCGGAGCCAGCCUCCUCCUCCUCCCUCUGGUCGUGUGGAUGAGAGGUCUUCUCCGGUGCCUCAACUUCUGUCCCAUCAGCAAACACAAGUCUCUCUGA